CUUAGGACAACCAAGCAGACAUUUUGUAUACUUUCUGGAACUCAGUUACAGAAAUCUUGACUCUGAAAUUCCAACAGGCUACAAAUUCUUUACUGGCAUCUUGCACUAUAUGUAUUGGGCCCUCAACAGACAUGGACAUAAAUCAAUAAUGAAAUACCACCUAUGAGAUCCGCAUCCACAUUUCUGAAGCAAGCAUUUGAAGGAGAAUAUCCAAAAUUGUUGCGAUUAUAUAAUGAUCUAUGGAAACGUUUGCAACAGUAUAGCCAAAGUAUACAGAAUGGUGUAACAACUGGUGGAAAUUCAGACUCACCCCCUGAACUACCAGCAGCAGAGGAAGACACACAAGACCUAUUUAUGUUGAAGAAGCAAGACUAUGACCCUGAGAAGGCCCUGAAAGAUUCUCUUCAAUUCUAUGAGUCUGCUUAUCUCUCAAAAUCAUUAUCAAGACUGUUUGAUCCAAUCAACCUUGUAUUUCCUCCUGGAGGACGCAAUCCACCUUCAAAUGAUGAGCUUGAUAGCAUCAUUAAAACUGUUGCAAGUGAAUUUAAUGUGGCCUCUGUGGAUCCAAACUUGAGUCUGGCUGUUGCAAGGAAUGUUGCUAAAACCAUCCAGUUAUUUGGAGUAAAAUCUGAACAACUUUUGUCCACACAGGGCGAUGCUAGUCAAGUGAUUGGGCCACUGACUGAGGGACAGAGAAGGAAUGUAGCAGUGGUGAAUUCAUUGUACAAAUUGAAUCAGUUAAUGUUGAAGGUACUAUCUACAUUGAGCUCUUUACCUUCAGCUGCUGAACAAACAAUUAGAACGGCUUUGGAGACAAUUCAAGCUCUCAUGGGAAGUGCAGUCCAGCCAUUACUAAAUUCUGUGGAAGACUCAGUUGAGGCCAUUAUUAUCACGAUGCACCAAGAAGACUUUGUUGGGUCUUCAUCUGGGAAGCCAGAGGUCCCAUGUUCUCUUUACAUGAAAGAAUUGCAAGGCUUUAUAUCACGUAUCAUGACUGACUACUUUAAAAACUUUGAGUGCGUGGACUUCAUCUAUGACAAUACAGAAAAUAUUGCACAGAGGGCGAUUCAGCUAUUUAUCCGUAAUGCAAGUCUAUUGAAAUCAUUGGGUGAAGGAGGUAAAAUGAGAUUAGCUGCAGAUUUUGCACAGAUGGAAUUAGCGGUGGCACCUCUUUGUAGAAGAGUGUCAGAUCUUGGAAAAUCCUAUCGAUUACUGAGAUCAUUCAGUCUUGAGAUGCAAGCCCUCUGGUGCUGAUACAGAGGCGACUGUGGAGAACAUACUUACACAGUGAAUGAUAACGACCUGGAACUUGCUGCCUACAAUAGUGGUGGAAGCAGAGACGAUCAGUGAUUUCAAAAGUAUAGAGGCUUGAGGCAAAUAAACUUGCUACGGGGAUAAAGUGAGAGAAAAGGGACUAUCCGGAUUGCUCUGGAGACCCAGCGUACAGAUUUGAUGGGCUGAAUGUAUUCUUUUUGUGCUGUUAUGACUAAAGCAAACAUGCAGUGAAUUUGUGGUCCUAUAACAACAAGAGUCAAAUGAUCUGUUUUUUAAAAUGUGAUAUUUACUUCAAAGUAAGAUUUGAGUUCCCCUGCUCAUUAACAUAGUGCAACAGAAUCUAUUGCAUCCAAUUAAGAGCGCAGAUGUGCAUCUUGUCCUAAAGACAGUACAUUACAGAAGUAUUCUUUGAGUGCUGCACAGGGUGUCAACCUGAAUUGUGUGUUCAGGUCUAAGGUUGGACUUGUACCCAAAAGCUUUGAACUUAGUCAAGAAUGCUACCGCUCAAUCACAGCUCCAGCUGAUGAUUUAAAAUUUGCAAUUUGAACAAAUAACUCAAACAAUUGUUGGAAAUAUAAUUAAAUAAUGUAAAAUGUGAACAAUAGGUUAGAGAAAAAAGUUACACAUGCCUUGGUUUUUACACCUGCUGGUUUCAAUACUAUCCCAUCUACAUACUAGAUAUAUGAAAUACUUUGUUUGUCAAGAACAUACUGUUGCAAUAAAUUUGCUGUUAUAAGCAAUGAGCAAGCUACAUAAGAGUGAAACUACAGCACAAAUAUCAGAAAGCUUUGCUCAGGAAGCAGACCACCUCAUAAUAAGAAUAGUCUUGUAAUUUAAUUCUUUAGAACUUUAUCCAGAGCAUUAUUGUACACAUAUUGUUGAAAUGUUUUCUACU